CCGAAACUCAAAGCUUCCAUGCAGCACGCCGUCAUAGCUCAACUUUCUUGGGACAACCAUUGUCUCUAUUUGAAUUUUCAAUCCAAAUACCACCUCUGUAUUUGAUUCAUAAUGUCCGACCUCAAUUCUACCGACGACGAUCUCCUCACUCGCCUUAAUGCGCUCAAAAAGUCCUCUGUCAGCUUGGAUACCAACUACAACGCGUCAAUAGCGCCUGCGGAACCUCCCAAACCUACCGACGAUCUUGCAGCACGAUUUGCGCGUCUAGGCUCCGUGUCGCCGGCGGGCUCUCCACAGCCAUCACGAACAGCGUCCACAAAUAAUAUACGCGCACCAACUGUGGCACCGGGUGCAUCAAACUAUCUAGAGGGGGUAUCUCAGGGUGUGGGUAGCUCAAAUGUUGAGUUCAACGAUGAAGACGAAAAGAGUCUAGAGGAGCUGCUGGGUGAAUUGAAUGACGCCAUUGGAGACAGAAAGGAAUGGGAUGUGUCCAAGGAGGAGCAGCAAGAUGUUGGGAAGCUAUUGAAAGAUAUGCGCAAGAUAUUACCAGAAGUGGUGAAUAGUCGUGCACAAGGGCAAGGCGAUAAGGGUAAAACAGAGGGGCUAACGGAUUGGGAGAGCAUAGAAGUCAACGUUGGCAGCGGAGAAGUUGGUGCAAAGCAAGACAGUGACGAAGAAGUGGACGAAGAAGGCAAAAAGAAAACUGAAGAUGACGAGGCCGACGACAUCAUUGCAAGAGUCAUGGCUGAGCUUGAAAUAAGCAAGAAAUACGAUCCUCCCUCCCCAGCAUCAGAAGACAACAAGUCAGACUCUGGAGACCAGAAACUCCGCAACGAAACUACAGAUAACGACCUGAGUCUUCCUUCUGCACCCCAAGAUCUACCCAACCCCGACACACAAGCCAUAGAAGACGACUUCACCGCCCGUCUAGCCGCCCUCGCCGCACCCUCACCCUCCCAAACAGACGCUCUUGGCCUCCCCUCCGCACCAUCCUUCGCUCCCACAAAGAAACCCCCCGUCUCAACGAAUCUGCAAAAGAAGAUCGACGAAGAAAUCGAUACGUGGUGUAUCAUAUGUCAGGACGAUGCGACACUCAAGUGUUUGGGCUGCGAUAACGAUUUAUACUGCCAGAACUGCUGGAUGGAAGGACACAAGGGGGAGAGUGCGGGAUUUGAGGAACGACGGCACAAGGCUGUGCUAUAUUCGAGGAAGAAGAAGCAGACUACUGUAUAAAGAAGGGGGGGAAUCGUGGGAUUUUUUGACUUUUGGAUUGCUAUAUACCCUCGCUUCCGAAAGAGAGGACUAGGUCUGAUCUCCGUUGGUUUCUACGGAAAUUUCGACUUCCCUCACGGCUUAGGCUCUAUGCUCAAUGAGACACAUUGCUUGCUAUGGUGUAUACCAGCAAUGCCGUGGCAGACAGCCAGAAUGGUGUGGGUCAGUACGCAAGGCCAUGUACUCCCACAGUAGACGCAUCUGGGGCAUGCGGAAAUAGUGAACCGCUCGGAAACGACCAUUCUUGAAUAAUCACUAUCUCACUCAAUAUUGGAUCGGAGGCUAUGACUGAGAGCCCUGUUCAUCCCGGAGCUGUUCUCACAAGAUCAACGGCAGGUGAAGAGACGCAAGGCGAUAUAAGAAGAACCAUAG